AUGCUUUACAAAAUCAACACGGAAUUCAAAAAAUAUUCGACUUUAGACUCGGUAAAGGAUAUUUUGGACGAUUUAAGCACCCAAAAAUUUGAGAUUUCGAUUUUAGACCUCAGCCUCAAUACAUUUGUACCAGAAGUGUUUGUGGAAGUGGCAAAAGUCAUUAAGGAAAUGCAGAACCUCAAGCACAUCAAACUAGAGAGCAUAUUUGAUUCAUUGACAUUUGAGGAGAUGACAGAUGUGCUAAGAGCACUAAGCCUGGCCCUUCCCCAGGGAUCUUCACUCCUUCGAGCUGCCCAGCAAUGCUGUUUCAUGCAAUUUUCCCGAGGAGUUUGGAAAAUUUCUGGAGGAGUGUCCUUUGCAGGUCCUAAACCUGCAUAA